AUGUGCGUCUUGAUCCCAUACCCCAGGAUUCAAGCUUACCCAUGUAGGCCACCAAAACACACGAAGGGCGGUCCCAGAAAGUCCAAUACUGGAACACCAGUGCCAGGAGACGAUGCUUCCUCGAAUAUAAUCGUAGAGCGUUUGUCCUACGCCGACAGCCCACGACCGUUCAAGUCUACGACAUUCACCUCUAAGCUAUCUUCUCGGACAGCCACGACAUCCUCCACGGGUGUGCGCAAGAAUGCCAAGCAGAUCCUUGGUCUCGAACGCGAACGUUUGUCGGGAGGCGACGGGUUCAUGUCGGCCCAGCAUGUCGAGAUGCGCAAGAAGGGGGUGAAAAUUGAGCUCGGGAACAAGAAGAAGGUUGGGGUCAAGAAGGGCAGCUUGCAGAAUCUUAUGAAGGGCAAGAGAAAGAGGGAAGGGUUGACGCCGGCAGAGAGCGAGGCUGCUAGUGAAUCAGCGACACCGGGGUUGGAAGAUGAUGAGGGAGAGGCCAUGGAUGUUGACCGGAGCUCACCUGUCAAGGGAAGUGAAUCAUCCAAGACGGAAGCUCUGGCCGAUGAGAGUAACGGCACACCGAAGAAAGAGAUCAUCACUUACCAUACACCCACUGCCCCUCCUUCACUGCUUCCGGCCAAAAAAUACUGCGACAUAACAGGCCUACAUGCCAACUAUACGGAUCCCAGGACCAAGCUGAGAUAUAGAGGACUGGACGUGUGGCACGCCGUCCGUGGCCUUGGUCCAGGUGGUGACCAAGCUUAUCUGUCGCUCAGAAACGCUCAGACUUCGCUCAAAUGA